CUCCCAACCUAUCUGGCUAACCAUGAGAGAGAGAGAGAGAGAGCUGUAUACGUCCAUAACUUGCAAGUAAUCAGCAUUCACCAAUGAUCCACCCUCUACAACAAGCUAAGUCACUGAGAGAGAGAGAGAGAGUGAAACCACUCACAAGGAUUCUAAGUCUAGAGAGAAGUUUGGAGUGUUCAGACAAAACCCAACUCAUUAAACUUUGUAGAGAGUGACAGAACGAGAGAGGUCAGGUCGGUUUUUAUAGAGAGAAGAAGAGAGAGAGAGAGAGAGAGAGGAAAAGGGGUGGGAAUUAAUGGAUGUAAACAAAAUAGUGGUAAUUGUGGAAGAUGUAGAAGUAGCAAGAACAGCUCUCCAAUGGGCACUUCGCAACCUUUUGCGAUACGGCGAUCUGAUAACACUCCUCCAUGUAUUCCCCACUACCAGAUCCAGAUGCCGGAAAAAGCUCAGACUCCUCCGCCUCAAAGGCUUCCAAUUGGCUCUUUCCUUCAGAGAAAUCUGCGACACCUUCCCCAACACCCAGACAGAGAUUGUGGUGGCCGAAGGUGAUCAGGAGGGAGGGAAGAUUGCAGCAAUGGUGAGAGAGAUUGGGGCGUCUACUCUUGUUGUUGGGCUUCAUGAUCAGAGCUUUCUGUACAAGUUAGCCAUGGCCCACCAAAGAAAUAUUGCAAAUAAUUUCAAUUGCAAAGUUCUUGCCAUUAGGCAACCAGCAGCAUUGAAUACAAGGAGUACCAUUUCAACACCAGACAGUUCAACCAACAUGGACUGUUCUCAGAUAGAAAUUGGUGGAUUGAGUGUCCCUAUUAUUCCUCCACCAAAAAUCCCAUACCAAAUAUGUCCAGACCCUUCUGCUAUCAUAUGGAGAUCAAGAAAAUCAAGAAGAAGAAGGGGAACUUCUUGAAGCAAGGUGGCUCAACUUCGUCUCAAAGGAGCCGACUUAAAAAACUGACUUAAAAACUUAUAAUUUAAUGAUGUGGUUAGUUGUGGGUCCCAAUAUUUAUUGGGAUCCACUACUUAUUCGAUGGUAAUGAUUCAUCAAGUCAAGUUUUUAAGUUAAUUUUUUUAAGUCUAUUUGACAUUUUUUUUUCUUUUUUUGUAACAAUGCGUACUCAAGAAUACCUCAGGGCUUUUAGCUUUGAAUUUGAUUCACACAAUACAACUACACAUAAAGUGGAAU